AUGAUGCACACUUCUGCCGCUUGCCUCAGCAAGGUUGCCGUCCUUGGCGCCGCCGGCGGUAUUGGCCAGCCACUUGCCCUCUUGAUGAAGAACAGUCCUUUGGUGUCGGCGCUCAGCUGCUACGACAUUCGUGGUGCGCCUGGCGUGGCCGCGGACCUUUCCCACAUCCCUUCUCCCGCCAAGGUGACGGGCCACGCCAAGGAGGACAUCGGCAAGGCCCUUGACGGCGCCGAACUCGUCUUGAUCCCCGCUGGUGUGCCGCGCAAGCCGGGCAUGACUCGCGACGACCUGUUCAACACAAAUGCUUCUAUUGUGCGUGACCUCGCCGCGGCAUGUGCCAAGUUCUGCCCCAAGGCGGUGAUUGGCAUCAUCUCAAAUCCUGUCAACAGCACCGUCCCGAUCGCAGCGGAAACUCUCAAGAAGGCUGGCGUGUUUGACCCCGCCCGCCUCCUCGGCGUGACGACGCUGGACUUGGUGCGUGCCCGAACCUUUGUGGCAGAGGCAGGUGGCAAGAGCCCGUACGAAGUUCACGUCCCCGUUGUUGGUGGGCACAGCGGGCCAACAAUUGUGCCGCUCCUCUCUCAGUGCGGUGUGAAGCUGUCGGACAGCCAAGUGGAGGCCAUCACGCACCGCGUGCAGUACGGCGGCGACGAGGUCGUCCAGGCCAAGGACGGUGCUGGCUCAGCCACGCUGUCAAUGGCGUAUGCUGGAGCCGAGUGGUCGACCUCCAUUCUGAAGGCUCUCCGCGGCGACAGCGGAAUUGUGGAGUACAGCUUUGUUGCGACCGACGUCUGGCCAAAGUUGUCCUACUUCAGCUGCGCGGUGGAGCUCGGCAAGGGCGGCGUGGCGAAGGCGCACAAGCCGCAGCUCAACAAAUUCGAGGAGGGCCUCAUGGAGAAGGCCGUCGCGGAGCUGGAGAAGAACAUCGCUCGCGGCAAAAGCUUCGUCGCGAACUGA